AUGGCGGAGUGCAUAGCCGCACGCCUGGCCGCACAGGAGGAGCAAAUACGAGUGCUAAGUCAGGAAAUAAGUCGGCUCCGCGACGGACUCGUGAACAAUCAACACACGAGUUCGUUCGCGAACAGCCCGGAGCUUGAAAACCUGCGGAGCGAAAAUGAAAAGCUGAAAUACCGGCUCGUGCAUCUUCGCCGGGGUCUCCAAGUUGAGCUGGACCUGGAGGGCCAGGCGCGCUCCAAACCAGGCCCGGAGAGCACCAACAAAGCCGCCAAAGAAACCACGAGAAACAACUCUUAUCAGAAGUCCUCGAAUGCUGCACAGCCGGGGACUCCAGAGAUCCGUCCAAAUGAAAAGAAUAAGAAAAAGGAAAAGCCUCGUGCGGAAGGAGGUGCAGGGGUCGGGCAGCUGACUCCUUUGCCUGUUUACAUCGGAGAGCGGUUGGAGCUCUAUGGAAAACUGAAGAAGGAAAGCGAUGCCAUCCUGGCCAAGCAAGCAGCAAACAGCCAUCCCAUCUCUGUGGUCCUUCCCGACGGUCGGAAGGUGGAGGCUCAGGCCUGGAAAACCAGUCCCUACCAGCUGGCCUGCGGGAUCAGUCAGGGCUUGGCAGACAACGCGGUGAUUGCCCGUGUGGAUGGGGAGCUGUGGGACCUGGACCGGCCUCUGGAGAAGGAUUGUUCUCUGGAGCUGCUGCGGUUUGACGAUGAAGACGCCCAGGCCGUGUACUGGCAUUCGAGCGCUCACAUCCUAGGUGAAGCCAUGGAACGCUUUUACGGCGGCUGUCUGUGCUACGGCCCUCCGAUCGAAAACGGGUUUUACUACGACAUGUUCCUGGAUGGGCCGAGAGGGGUGUCGAGCUCUGAGUUUGGGGACCUGGAGUCUAUCUGUAAAUCCAUCAUGAAGGAGAAGCAGCCGUUUGAGAGACUGGAGCUGAGUAAGGAGACGCUGCUGCAGAUGUUUAAGUACAACAAGUUCAAAUGUCGCAUUCUGAAUGAGAAAGUCACCACGCCCACAACGACCGUUUACAGGUGCGGUCCUCUCAUUGACCUGUGCAGAGGUCCGCAUGUCAGACACACGGGUAAAAUCAAAGCCAUGAAGAUCUAUAAGAACUCGUCCACGUACUGGGAGGGCCGUGCGGACAUGGAGACUCUGCAGCGGAUUUACGGCAUCUCCUUCCCCGACGGCAAGAUGCUGAAAGAGUGGGAGCGUUUUCAGGAGGAGGCCAAGAACAGAGACCACCGCAAAAUCGGGAAGGAACAGGAGCUUUUUUUCUUUCAUGAUCUGAGUCCAGGCAGUUGCUUCUUCCUCCCCCGAGGAGCCUAUCUCUACAACACACUCACUGAGUUCAUCAGGGAGGAGUACAACAGGAGAGGGUUCCAGGAGGUGGCCUCCCCAAAUAUUUAUAACAGUAAACUGUGGGAGACCUCAGGCCACUGGCAACACUACAGUGAGAACAUGUUCUCUUUUCCCGUCGAGCAGGACGUCUUCGCUCUCAAGCCAAUGAACUGCCCUGGACACUGUCUGAUGUUUAACCAUCGACCUCGCUCCUGGAGGGAACUACCUCUCAGAUUUGCGGAUUUUGGGGUGCUGCAUCGGAACGAGUUGUCGGGGACGCUGACGGGUCUGACCAGGGUCAGGCGUUUCCAGCAGGACGACGCCCACAUUUUCUGCUCCAUGGACCAGAUUGAGUCUGAGAUGAAAGGCUGCCUGGACUUCCUGCGCUGCGUCUACGACGUCUUCGGAUUCUCCUUCCAGCUGCACCUGUCCACUCGCCCGGAGAAAUUCCUGGGUGACGUCGCCGUGUGGGAUCAGGCAGAAAAGCAACUGGAGAACAGUCUGAAUGAGUUUGGUGAGCCAUGGAAGCUGAACCCUGGGGACGGAGCUUUCUACGGCCCAAAGAUUGACAUUAAGAUCAAGGACGCCAUUGGACGCUAUCACCAGUGUGCCACGAUUCAGCUGGACUUCCAGCUGCCCAUUCGCUUUAAUCUGAUGUUCGUAGGGAAAGACGGAGAUGACCGAUCCAGACCAGUCAUCAUUCACCGCGCCAUUCUGGGCUCUGUGGAAAGAAUGAUCGCCAUUCUCACUGAGAACUACGCCGGCAAAUGGCCACUCUGGCUGUCACCUCGACAGGUGAUGUUGGUGCCUGUGAACCCAUCCUGUGAAGAAUAUGCCAAAAAGGUGUGUAAGCAGUUUGUAGAGGCUGGGUUCAUGGCGGACGCAGACUUGGACUCCGGCUGCCUCCUGAACAAGAAAAUCCGAAAUGCUCAGCUGGCCCAGUAUAAUUUCAUUCUAGUGGUCGGCGAGAAGGAGAAGAUGACAAACAGCGUGAACGUUCGUACGAGGGACAACAAAGUCCACGGGGAGCUGUCCGUCCCGGAGGCCCUGGCCAGGCUGACGCUCCUGAAGCAGUCUCGCUGCCGGAACGCAGAGGAGGCGUUCUGAAGAUCAGACGUCAGACGCGACGGUCUCCGUGUGACGGAGAGAUAAAGGCUUAAUCUUAAAUUACAGUGGAGUGUACGCCAACAAAGAGACGGUGUCAUUACAAAUGAUGAGAGAAAUGAGUUUGAGAUGAUUCAGUGAAAAGAAACAGAAUGUUACAGAAUGGAAGUGGAGGAUUUAAAAAAGAAGGACAAAAGAUAAAAAAAAAAAA